CACCAGUAGAUCAACAGAUAAUGGGAACAGGUGGUAAUUAUUACACAUUACUCGUUUUGUUUGUUUAUAUAGUGCAAAAGUUGAAAUUGCUGAAAACAGCAAUAACAGUUUGUGAUCAUUAUCACAUGAUUUUGCGUUGGAAUACUAGGUCAACGAAAUGAUGUUUUCAGUAUUUGUGGAAAAUCAUAUGGAUUUUUGAAAUUAACAAAGGUAUUCAUUUUACACAACAAUGUCAACCUGCUCAGCAUCUCAACAUGGAAUACUUGAAAGAAUAGCAAACUACAUAGAUGAAAAGACAUUCUUCACGGCCCUAGUAUCAAUAACGUUCUUUGUCUUAUUUUUAUUCUUGUAUAUUCUUCACGCUUAUACCUUCUUUGGUAAAAUAAGAAUCAAAGAUUGUGCAACACCAACUGCGCCAUUUGGCAACUUGAGCGAUGUAAUUUUUCACAAUGAUAGUUGGUAUAUGUUUCUGAGGAAACAUUACAACAGACUCAGAAGGAAAAAGCUGGAAUAUGGUGGGCUGUAUUUAUUUUUUAAGCCCAGCAUGCUGAUUUCUGAUCAAGCAUUGAUCGAGAGGCUCAUAUUGUAUCAGAAAGAGAAUGAUGAAAUAUUUGAUAAUUUAAUCAGUAAAGAUGUCAUACAGAACGCGUUGGAAAAAAUGGACCCGAUUUUUGAAGAGUGUAAUCAACUACUGACUAGAGAACCUUAUGGUCACAUAUUUUAUAAAUUCUUCUUAAAUACAUCUGAAUUGCUUUUUGGGUUUAUCGUUGAUGAGAAAUAUCUACAAAACAGCAUUAAAGAGAUAACAAGUUCUUCUUUCAAAAAAUACUUUAGCAUUGCAUACAGUUGCUUUAACAAUAAAAACCCAUACUUCUAUGUAAAAGCUUCAAUACAGCGCGAACUUGAAUCCAGAAAGGAAAAUGAUAUAAAACAAAAUGAUAUCCUGCAAAAUCUCAGCAAAGUUGACAGUACAGCUAUAGAAAAUUUAUCAGAAAUUUUUAUUGAAAAUAUCUUUUAUUCUACGUUGUCAACGAUUCUGUGUUUGUAUGAGUUAAGUCAGGAUGACACAAUACAAGAAGAGUUGGUUGGCGAGAUCAGGCGAUUAUUUGCAAAAGAGGGAAAAAUGCAGUUCGAAUAUUUGGAUCGUCUGCCUUAUAUGGAUGCAGUUGUCAAAGAAUCACUGAGAAAAUGGCCCCCAGUCCCAGUAGAAGUAAUAAAAAAUGAGCAAGAUAUUGAGGGAUUACCCAAAAAUAAAAACAUCUUGUAUUUGCUAUCGAUCUAUGGGAUUCAGAAUCAUCAAGACAACUUUGUUGAUCCAGAGCAAUAUGAUCCAGAUAGAUUUCUAGAGGAUAAUGUAAAGGAAACUUUGUUUCUGCCUUUCGGAAUAGGACCACAUAGGGAGAUAGAUCGUCGUCUAACAACACUGAAUAUAAAAUUAGCCAUAAUAUCGAUAUUAUCCAUGUACAAAGUAACAAUCAAGUCUGGUUAUCAUUUGGAGCUAGACAAAACAAAAAUGUAUAUACAACCCAAAAAUAUGCCGCCAUUACAUUUUGAAUUUAUUAAUCAUUGAUACGUGAAAUAUUGAAUUUGUACUUAAUGUGAAUAUAUAUUUUUUACAUUGA